AGGCGUUGGUGAACAGCCAGGAAUGGACGCUCGGCCACUCUGUCCCCGAGAUCCGCCUGGGGGUCCUGGGCAGCAGCAGGAGCGGGAAGUCGGCGCUCGUCCACCGCUUCCUCACCGGCUCCUACGUGGGCCUGGAGCCCACCGAGAGUGGGCAGUUCAAGCGCGAGGUGACGGUUGACGGGCAGAGCCACCUCCUGCUGAUCCGGGAGGAAGCCGGCGCUCCGGACGCCAAGUUUGCCAACUGGGCGGACGCCGUCAUCUUCGUCUUCAGCCUGGAGGACGAGAGCAGCUUCGAGGAGGUGACGCGGCUGCACGAGCUGCUCAGCGGCCACCGGGCCACCGGCGAGAUGGCCCUGGCGCUGGUGGGCACCCAGGACAAGAUCAGCUCCUCCAACCCGCGGGUGAUCGAGGACGCGCGCGCGCAGGCGCUGUGCGGGGACAUCAGGCGCUGCCUCUACUACGAGACCUGCGCCACGUAGCUUCCUGCUGAAGCGCAGUGGCAACUCCCUCAACAAGGAGUGGAAGAAGAAGUACGUCACGCUGUCCAGCAACGGGCUGCUCUUCUACCACCCCACCAUCAACGAUUACAUCCACAGCACCCACGGCAAGGAGAUGGAUCUGCUGCGCACCACCGUCAAGGUCCCCGGCAAGCGCCCGCCCCGCGCCAUCUCCGCCUGCGGCCCCUCGGCCAGCAUCAACGGCCUGGUGAAGGACGUGGGCGCCGACGGCGGCGCCGGCGCGUCCCCCGUGGGGCUCAGCCUCCCCCCGGAGCCGGGGACCAAGGGCACCGGGAAGGGCGAGCGUUCCCUGCAGCGCUGCGCGUCCGCCUCCAGCGCCAAGCUGUCCGGAUCCGACGGCCCCGGUGGCCCCGAGCCCAUCUCCAGCCCCGGCAGCUCGGGCCGCGAUCCUCCGCCGUCACCGAUGAUCGACCGCAAGAAGCACCGCCGGAAGAAGCUCUCCACCCCGUCCAAGACGGAGGGCUCCGCCGGGCAGGCGGAAGAGGAGGAGAACUUUGAGUUCCUGAUCGUGUCCAGCACGGGGCAGACGUGGCACUUCGAGGCGGGCAGCUUCGAGGAGCGCGACGCCUGGGUGCAGGCCAUCGAGAGCCAGAUCCUGGCCAGCCUGCAGUGCUGCGAGAGCAGCAAGAACAAGGCGCGCACGGACAGCCAGAGCGAGGCUGUGGCCAUCCAGGCCAUCCGCAACGCCCGCGGCAACUCGCUGUGCGUGGACUGCGGGGCGCCCA